ACUGUACAGUGGCACACGCGAUUGAAAUUGUAAUUGUUUUGCGUUUCUCAUGUAAUUUUAAAAUCCCUGGAAAUUGAAAACAGCACAAAAAUGUCGCGGCAAGCCUUAAGACUUGACGCAAAAAAAGUGAACUCGGAAUUUUUGACACUUACCUAUGGUGCCCUGGUAACACAAAUGCUACGCGACUUUGAGAAUGUAGAAGACGUUAACAAACAGCUGGAACGCAUCGGAUACAACAUGGGCAUGCGUCUCAUCGAGGAUUUUCUGGCGCGUACUUCAGCGCCGCGUUGUCUAGAAAUGCGGGAAACGGCGGAUCGCAUACAGCAAGCUUUUCGCAUGUACCUAAACAUACAGCCGACCAUAUCUAAUUGGUCCGCUGCCUCCGACGAAUUUUCGCUGCUCUUCGACACGAAUCCGUUGACCGAAUUUGUCGAAUUGCCUGCGGAUUUGAGUAAUUUGCGCUACAGCGCUAUACUAAGUGGAUGCAUACGUGGGGCCCUCGAAAUGGUCCAACUGGAGGUGCAGUGCUGGUUUGUGCAGGAUCAACUGAAAGGCGACAAUGUGACGGAGUUGCGUGUUAAGUUCGUGCGCCGUCUAGAGGAAGCCAUACCAGCUGGCGAGGAUUAGAUAAGGUAGAGUUCAAAUCAAGUUAGGGGCGUUUAUUUCAUAUGUUGUGUGUUCAGUGUGCGGCGUGGUAUUAGAAAAGGUUUAGCGUCAUUUUUAUAAAGCUGCAUUCCGGAUCGCGCUCAAAAUAUUAACAAAAAUACAUCCAUAACAAAGAAUUAUAAAAAA